AUGCCAGCCUGGCUGCGCAAUGAUGAAGAGCGGCGUCAGUUGUUCGCGGCCCUACGCUCCACUCCGCCUGAGCCGGUCAGAGGUAGCAAGCGAAAGAAGGAAGAGAAACCACAGCCAACUGUGGACCGAAAGCUCGCUUUGUUGAAGUUGCGGGACGUGGCAUGUUCGGGUCUGCGAGAAGCACUGUGGCAAGAUGCAGAGGUUCAAGAGAUCCUGCUGAAAGGCUUAGAAGAUAACCAGCCGGAGCUUGCGCGAAUACUUUCGUUGGGGGUGAUGGUCCACCUUGCUGCAUCGUCCAGAAACUGUCAUUCUCUACUUCACAACGACCAGGUGCGGGAAAGUCUGGCCAAUCUUCAAACUGAUGGUCAGCCCCAAGAAGUGCGGGAGAAGGGACUUCUGGCCUUGGUAGCUCUGGCAGUUCCAGCUUUUCAUGAGUGUCAACAAGUAAGUGAGGACCUUAGGGACGUACUUGGAAAGGCAGCUCGAAGAAACGCAGAGACUUCCCAACGUCUUCUUGUCUUCCGGGCCCUUUGGAGUGCAGCGGUAGUCUGUCAAAGCCCCGAGUUGUUCUUUGGAAAUCAAGUGAUUUGGGCCACAGUCCUUCAAAGUCUUCAAGAGGAAGAAGAUGCGGAUAUCCGCGAAGGUGGACUUGGUGUACUGAGUGCUCUGGCUGGCCAGCAAGCUGUCGCACAUUUUCUAUGGCAAGAUGAAGACGAAAGUCGUGUGUGUGAAGACAUCUUUCUCAACACCCUUCGGUACCAGCCAUCACGCAUUCGUGGAAAAGCUUUGACGGUUUUAGCAAGUAUCGUCAAAAAUCCAGAAAAGCGAGCAUCCGUGUGGUCAUAUGUUUCUCUCGCCAGAAGAAAUCCGGACCAGGAUGAUGUACACUAUGCCAGAGAGAUGCUCGGAAGCGCUGGCAGCCAACGUGGACGUCUCGGGAGUGAUGUUUCUGGUGGCAGGUCAAGGGCGGGGAGCGAUGCAUCUGCUGCAUCGCAAUCCAAACAGUCAGGAGACCAUGUGAAGCGCACACAUACCGAUCAAGAUGAUCAAAUGGAUUCACCUGGUACCAUGAAAGACAGCAUCAUUGCUGCUGCCUCCAAAUCAGAGCUUCCCAGUGUGCGAUGGCCUGCUCUGAGUAUCUUGCUUGAACUCGCCUGGGAUGAAGAGCAUAAGAUGUCUCUCAUCAAUUGCAACGUUCCGGAGCUUCUUGUCGAAGCUUUGCCUGAUGAGCGCUUGAGCAUGAAAGAACGGAAACUUUGCAAACAUGGCCAUAGACGUCUUGUUGAUUGGAACGAGGUGAGAAUCGCAGAAGAGCUUCGUAUUGAGCGGGAGAACCAGAGUCGAGAGCUUCGCAACAUGCUAUUUGAAGAAGAAUACCAGGUCAUUUGCAGAGAACUUCCGGAGAUGGGUAGAGCAGACUUUGAAAGCCGCAACUUCGAGGACUGGACAAAGAGAGUUGAAGAGCAGAAAGCAAUGAAGCUGGAAGAUGAACUUUCACUUGAGUUCCGCAAACACCUCGCGUUCCUUCUGGAUAUGAACCGACAGUGUAUGCAGAAGGAAGACGAUCGUUCGCAUUUGGUUCGAGAAGAGGAGGAGAAAGCAGCUUUUGCUGACAAGGUCCGUGCAGCUCGGGAGCAAGCAGCUGAAGCGGCCAGAGUGGCUGCCGAUGCAAUGAGAAGGGUUGGCAGAGAUGCAGUUCUACAAGCACGAGACGCUGCAGUCGCAGCUGCCGCAGCUGCUGCCAAAGCGAGAAUGCCGCCACAGUUGCAAGCGGCAUUUGCAGCAGCUGAGGCCGCAGCCACUGGCGCAAGUGCCAAGCAACCACUGACACAGAGGGGGCAGCUGGAGGAAGCAUCCAAGGCUGCGUUACAGGUCGCAGACCGUUGUGGAAUGACACAUGACGAAAAGAUUGCAGCUGGAGCAGCAGCUGCAGCUGCAGCUGCAACUUGGGCAACCGCAGAAGAACGAGGCAAAAUCGCCAGUUCCUUUGCUUUGGCGACGGCGGCAAGUCUUGGCAUGUCUGACGAAGCUCAACAACAAGCUGCAAGCGCCGCUUCUAUCGCAGCUGUGACGUCAGCAGGUGAAGACAGAUGCUAG